AUGCCGAUUGUAACCGAUUUCAAGCUGCCCGCCUCCACUGGCGCCCUAGCGCUACCCGGCCAAUCGAGCGCCGCCAUUUUCAUCGCCUUCAUAACUGCCGACGACCCUCACACGAAUCAACCAUGGUGCCCGGAUGUCAGGGCUGCUUUGCCAUACAUUAAAGCAGCAUUCUCCGCAGACAGUGCACCGGAUUUAGCUUUUGUUUCAGUUGGACAGAUUCCCGAGUGGAAAGAUAAAAGCAACGUUUACCGGACUAAGUGGAACGUUCACAACGUGCCGACGGUGGUUCGCUUCGAGGCCGUGAGCGGCGUGGUUAAAGAGACGGGCCGCCUAGUGGAAGGCGAGAUCCUCAACGAGAAGAAGCUUAGCAACUUUAUUAGAGGCCAAUGA